UGCCGUGUAGAUUUUGUGAUAUGUAUAAGGGGAUAGUGUUGGAUAGUGGAUAUUGUUUUGGAGCGUGGAUAGUGCUCUGUAGGGAUAUCGUUGAUAUAGGGGAUUUGGAGGAAUUAAAGGGUUUUAAAGAGAUACCGGAGUAUAUGGAGGAUGUCAAGGAGUUGGGGAGAUAUUUGAAGUUAAGUGGAUAUCUGUCGAGUUGAAGGGGAUACCGGGGAUCUGGGCCGGUAUCUCCUUCAAGGG